GGUACGAUAAUUAAUUAACACACUGUAUGUAUGUAUGAGACAGAGAAAAAUAUGGGAAGACACAGUGACGCAGUUCGUGGGCAACUGAGAGAGAGGAAAAUCUUCAACGUUAACCAUACCCAGUUCAGGAAGUUGCCCAAAUUAGCUUAUUUUGGAAAUUUUCAUGCUGUUGCAACAUAUGAAGAAGAUGGUGAGAGAGCUAUAUGCAAUCUUAAAACUACCGACAGCUGUAAAGAUGUAUUUAAAAAAGAAUGUAUACUUACCCUACCAAGUGCAUACGUUUUGACUAUGUACCUUGAUGUAUGUUUAUGACAAUGGAAGUAAAUUUAAUGCGAAUGCAAACUUUCACACAUACCACACAAGAGGCAAAGAAGAACUGAGAUUACCGUUACAUAGGAUAGAAGCGACUAAAAGAUAUGCUGAUUUCUGGGGAGUUAAAUUUUUCAACAAGUUGCCAGAAGAAAUCAAAACUAUGGAACGAGGACACUUCAAAAAAUGUGUGAAGUCGAAUCUGGUCAAGAAAGCCUACUAUGUAUGGUCUGAUUAUAUGCAAGAUCAAUUUGUGGAGUAACAAAUGCUUUCCUGUACGUGAAGUUGUUAGUGUUGUGGGUAUUGGUAAUACUAGCAGACUUCAUCCUCGAGUUUCGUUUCGAAUUCUUAUGGCCGUUUUACCUAUUAAUUCGGUCGGUAUACGACUCGUUUAGAUACCAAGGUCUGGCGUUUUCGGUGUUCUUUGUGUGCGUCGCGUUAACAUCCGACAUGUUGUGUUUCUUUUUCAUCCCGGUGCAGUGGUUGUUCUUUGCGGCCAGCACGUACGUGUGGGUGCAGUAUGUGUGGCACACGGACAAGGGGGUCUGCGUGCCGACGGUGGUGCUGUGGGCGGUCGUCGUUUACUUGGAGGCGGCGGUACGGUUGCGCGACGUCAAGCACAUGCCUGGACAUCUCGAUUUAUGUCGACCGUUCGCCGCGCAUUGCAUCGGGUAUCCAGUUGUUACACUCGGGUUUGGGUUUAAAUCAUACAUCGGGUUUCGGAUGCGGCAGAGGAAGCAACGGGACGUAGCGAAAGAAAACGAAUUUUAUAUGCAAUUAAUGCAACAGGCUUUACCUAUGGAUACUACACCACAGGUUCAAGAAAAUCCUUCAACCACAAUAGUCGCAUUAAACCAUUCAGUACAAAAAGAAAAGAAAAAAGAGGAAAGAAAUGGGCAUGUUUCAAAUGGAACCCUAGCGAACGGAGUCCACAGUCAGAAGUCGCAAAGAAAAUCGGUGGAAAAAUUCAAAGAAGAGAACCAUGAGAGGCACGAAAAACGAGAUAAACCUAGUCACGCACACACAAACGGACUCAUUACUCAAGAAGAGUCCGUGCCUCAUCCUCCAAUCGUUGAAGCAACAGAACAGAAGCCUCCAACGACGAGGCGGAGAGAGAAAAAAGAACAAGAUAAAGAUCGGGAGGCGGCCGAAUGCCUACAAAGGUUAGAAUUAGAAGCGAAACGAUUAAGAAACGAGUUGCAAUGCUCGCGGUCGAGCGAGCAAGAUUUAAGGUUGCAAGUGGCCGCUUUAACAACCAGCGAAAAAGUAUUAAGGGGUGAUAUACUCACGUUACAGCACAACGUCGAGGACUUACAAAAUAAAUUACAAAGUUCGCAGAGUACUAAAAACACAGACCGUCAAAUGAUUAGUUAUUUAGAACGUAAGGUUCAAGAGGAGAAACGAAACCGACAGAAUUGUGAGGCACAAAUAGCUCAAGAACGAAAAAGUAGGAAACAAGAAGAAGCUAGAGCUGCGCAGGUUGCGGCACAAAAUAACAGGGGCGAAUGUACAGAGUCGUGUAAAUCGCGCAGGCGCGAAUUAGAAAACGACUUACAAGAGUGUCGAACGACGCAACGAUGGACUGAAGAACGUAUGGCAGCUUUAGAACGGGAGAACACAUUGUUAAUUGAGAAAUUACGCGACACCGAUUUGCUUAGGUCCGCGCUCGAUACGUUGCAAGACCAAAACACCCACCUUGAGAAUUCACUCUCCGCCGAAACGAGAAUCAAACUCGAUCUAUUUAGCGCUUUGGGUGAAGCGAAAAGACAAUUGGAGAUACGCGACAGUCAAAAUCGACUCCAAGAAAAAGAAAUCGAAGAAUUAAAAAGUAAAAUUGCCCAAGUUUUGGCGGUGAUGCCAAAUGAUACGUUUGGAAGUCCGACACCCUCCAGCGCGAUAUCGAGGGUGAGACUGGCUGAAAGUCCCCCUGGUUCGACGUUGGAUCCAAACGCGACGGCCUACACCCCGAAAGGCUCGCUGGUGGCGUCAACAGAGGCUUGAGAGAGGCGGAAUCGUCGAGUGGCGACCCAAAAUUAUGAUCGGUUUCCGACAGCAGCAUCAGUCCCUCCAUCGAGCCCCCCAGGUUGUUCUCCCCCGGCUUUUCGUUAGCUUGUUCAAUGUGAUAUAAUUUAUAUUUACUACUGUGAAAACGGCACUGGAGAGGUAUUUUUUUUUUUUUUUGAUCUCUAGCGUUUUUAUUUUCUGUUUUAAGGAUAUUGUUUUGGUUUUGCGCCGGAAUCUGGAGCGCUUUUUCAGUUGGUUUAUUAUUAAUUUUUUUUUAAACAUGUUUCGUUCCUAUCAUUUGUGAUUAUUUAAUUUUUGUGCCCCGGCAUAAAUUAUUAUUGAGAAUCCCAGUUUUAUUUUAAAUCAUUAAUUCAUUAUCCUAGGUUUAUUUUUGCGUAUUUUACGUCCUAGUCGUUCUACGCAGUAUUUUUUUAUUUUUCAAUUUUUAAUCGGUUGUGUAACGGAGGCCGGCUUUACUUAAAAGAAAAAAAAAUAAUUUGAAUCUCGAACGAACCCAUUGAUUUCUUCUUGUACUUAAUUAAAAGAAAAUAAUUAUAUUUAUAAUUCGACUCGAAAUAUCCUUCACUUCCGUCGCUUCCCACUCCGGAUCCAAGCUUAUCCCUUUAUCACCACCAACAUGAGAAAAAAAUUAAGGGACUAAGCUCAUGUUUUUACUUUUAUCGAACGUCACGUCGUUAAAUCAGAGAACUAAUGUAAAAAAAACUUGCAAAAAGAGAUACUAGGAUAGGUAAAAAAGUGUGUCGCGAAGCAGAAGCCAUACGAUUUUCGCUCUCUAUAUGUUACGAGACCGUGAAGUAUUUGACAGUGAAAUUAUCGAGAAAAAAACGUAACAAGAAAUAAAGUGCAUAAAUGAUUUAAA